AUGAAUCUGGUAGAAAAUACAACCUUUGAAUAUGAUGAUCCAGAAAAAAUAAAGAGUGAUGCAUGUGAGAAGGGAGAUGUCAUCAGAUUUGGAGCCAUAGCCACUACGCUGGUCUUCUGUGUGGUGAUGGUCCUCAGCCUCAUUGGAAACCUGCUGGUGAUUGUGAUCCUGCUCAAGUAUGAAAACCUCAAGUCCAUCACCAACUGCUUCAUCUUCAACUUGGCUCUGUCAGACCUCAUGUUUACCUUUGGAUUACCCUUCUGGGCACAUUAUCAUCACUUGGGCCAGUGGUUGCUUGGAGACUUCACCUGCAAAGCUGUCAAUUUUGUGUUUUACGCUGGCUUCUACAGCAGCGUGUUGUUCUUGACUGUAAUGACUCUGCAAAGGUACAGGGCGGUGGUGUAUCCUCUGUCUGACCGGGGUGAGAAACGCACAUGCUUCGCUCUGAGUUUGUCAGUCUGCAUUUGGGUCGUCAGCUUUGCUGCAGCAAUGCCGGCAACAUUACGUAACAAGGUACAGGUGCAUUACAAUGUGGUUCACUGCCAGUAUGACGACAUUAAUUGGAGACAUGCUGCGGCAUAUCAACAAAAUGUAUUUUUCUUCCUUGCCUUUGGAAUUAUGUGUUUCUGUUACUCCAAAAUAUUAAAGACCGUCCUGAAGUCACCAACAAGUAAGAGAAUUCGGACAGUGAAAUUGAUUUUUGUCAUUGUGGUUGUGUUUGUGCUGGGGUGGGCACCACACAAUAUAGUGGUGUUCCUCAAGACCUUUGCACAUCGUUACCCUUUCAAUGAGUGCAAUGUGAACAUAAACCUGGAUUAUGCCUACUAUGUUUGCCGACUAAUAGCCUACUCGCACUGUUGCCUCAAUCCUGUGUUCUACGCCUUUGUUGGAGUAAAGUUUAGAAAACACCUUAAAGUGAUGGCUAAGAAAAUGACGCUGCCACAAGCCAGCGUGGAGUCUCAGCGCACCAGAAUGGUAAUCAUGCCAUCACAAGGGUCUAUGUACUAGUCUGUGUGUGCCGCCACUCUAUGACAAGGACUUGUUUGGAGAUUCUGAUGAUAUGCAGGACACAUACUGU